GUCUAAGCGCGUCGUUCGUUUUCAGUGAUACGAUUUCGUGUUUCUAAUUCGAACAGCGGUAAUUUAAGGACGAAUUUCUGCUAAAUGAUUCCCGACUAUUAUAUUGGUCAAUUCAAUGCACUUAUGAAAUUAUUGAAGUACGAAGCUCAUUAAAGGAAGAACGUAAACGGAUCUAACGAGGGGACCUAGACUAACAGCAGUUACAGUGAUCUGACCGUGUUCCAUGUCUCAUUAGUAAAAUGUCUUCCAAGGUUGUUCAAGAUGCUGUUCAUGGUUUAAUAGAGCUGGAGUCGCUAGCUGUACAAUUGAUUGACACUCCUGAAUUUCAGCGUCUUAGAGAAAUAAAGCAGUUGGGUAUUGCUUAUUUUGUUUUUCCAAGUUGUCAACAUUCACGAUUUGAACAUUCGAUUGGUACUUAUCAUAUGGCCAAAAAGUUACUUGAAAGUAUUCACAAUGAUCAAAAUUACUCAGGUCCAACUUUGAGCUCAGCAGAACAAUUGGCUGUAAAAAUUGCUGCCUUAUGCCAUGAUUUGGGUCAUGGACCUUUUUCUCAUUUGUGGGAAGAGUUCGUUAAGAGGGGCGGGCCAGAAUAUAGUGAGUAUAAUCAUGAGAAAAUUAGUGGACAUGUACUUGAUCAAAUUGUUCGUUCAAAAUCUACCUUACAUAGUGAGUUAAAUAAUCUUGGUGUUGAUAUGAAUCUUAUACACAGCCUGAUAGUCGGCGGUGAUACUGGUACUAUAUUAUCACAUCAGGCUUCAUUGAAGAAUAAACCGUUUAUUUAUGAGAUCCUUUCCAAUAGUUUAAACGGUAUGGAUGUUGACAAAUGGGAUUAUCUGCUUCGAGAUUGUCUGCAUGCUGGCUUAGGGGCUAGUGGAACCAGUGUGGAUAUUGAUAGAUUUUUAAGAUUUUAUCGACCGUUUUUGCAUGCUGAUAAAGACAAAGGUGAUGAGAAUGGAUCAAAAUGUUGGCAUUUAUCAUUUAGAGAUACAGAAUUAGAAAAUCUGCUUCGGACAUUUAGUUUACGACAACAUCUCCAUCAAAAAGUGUAUCAACAUAAAACAGUGACAUCUAUAUCAGCUAUGAUUAUUGAUGCACUUGAAUUAGUGGAACCUGUACUUAAUCUUCGAUCUAUUAGCAUGAAAGCAUUAAAAUAUCAGAAUGCAGAUAGUUUGAAUGAUUUCCUUAAACUUCAUGAUUCACUAUUGUGGGAUAUUUAUUACGGACGAGGAUCAUUAUCGAAGGUCACUGCAAAAGAGUUUCUACCUCAAAUUCAACAAGCUCAGCAUAUAAUUCAUCGUAUUUUAAAUCGAGAUUUGUAUACUUACAUUGAUAGUGUGUAUGAAAUGACAUACUAUGAACCUAUUAAUGAAAAUAACAGUCAACAAUAUUCCUCCUGUUCAGAACCUUUCCCUAAUUUAAUCAAUGAAGUAGCAACGGAAUCACUAACAUUACGAUCUAUGGGGUUAGGACUUGGUCCUAGAAAAAGUUUAUGCUAUGAACCGAUUUCACCCCACUAUAGAACAUUUGGUGUGACCUCAAAUAAUAAAAGGAAACAUUCCAAAGAAUCGAUUCUGAUGGGCAUAUUCCGGAAACUUCCUCAGGACUCGGGAAUCCGGGAUAUGGACGAUCUAUUGGUGGCAGAAUCUAGGUUCUCUUCAAACAGUACUCUCAAAUCUCCCAAAUUUUACUUUUACACGCGUUCGGGGAAUACUUUUACCUACAGCGAACCGUUGCGCGUUAUACGAGCAUAUCGUCUUUAUUGGCGCAGGAUUAAUCUUCCAUCAAAACAUGCAAUAUCACGACCUAUAACAUGCUUAACGGAAGCAUUUAACCAAUGGCAUCAAGAAAUGAUUGAAGAUAGACAUGAAGAAAGCGACCAGUCUGUUAACUAAUAAUAAGUACUACAAAAGUAGCAGAAGAACAAAAGCUUAUUGUUCUGCAAUAUGUAUCUACUACAAUUAAUUUUUGAUUGUUGCCAAAAUUAUGGUUAUAGAUGUUAUUAUUCAGAUCACAUUGCUUCACAAAAUGUUAAAUUUGUAAAUAGGUAGAUUGAACUUAAAAAUACAUUUUAUGAAAAGC